AUGGAUAACUUUUACGAAACCCUGAAGGACGGCGUCCUACUUUGCAUCUUGGUGAAUGACAUCAAGGAGGGUUCGGUAAAGAAAAUUAACAAGACAUCAUUAGCUUUCAAGUGCAUGGAGAAUAUAAACGCUUUUCUAGAGACUGCGAAGAUAUUAGGUGUUCCUCCACAAGAGACCUUCCAAACCGUAGAUCUUUGGGAAAGACAAAAUUUAAAUUCCGUUGUUAUUUGCUUACAAUCUCUUGGAAGAAAGGCGGGUAAUUAUGGUAAACCAAGUAUCGGUCCUAAAGAAGCAGAUAAGAAUGUACGCAAUUUCACAGAGGAACAACUCAGGGCUGGACAAGGCGUGAUAAGUCUACAAUACGGUAGCAAUAAGGGUGCUAAUCAAAGUGGCAUUAAUUUUGGAAACACCAGACAUAUGUAAACCACUAUACUUUCAUAUUUUCACUGAAAAACAAAAUCGCUCUAUUUCUUACCCUAUCUUGACUGUGUUCCCGCAACACGCAAGUAUUCCUUUAGACAUAGCAUAUCGCAUAAUACAUGUUCAUCGAGGUCCAAAAUAAAAUGUACUGAAUAGUGCAUAAGAUAUUUCUUGUGUGCGUAUUAGGGGAAAAGACACAGAUAAGAAGGUAUAAGAUUUUUCAAAUAAAAGUGAUAAAACGUAAUUUGAGAAAAAGAAAUGACAAUUUUUGAAUGCACAAGUGUGAUUCUUGAGAUUUUGCAAUAUUUUUUAUGAUAUUUUUAAUAUCAUAUCUUUUUCUUCUUUUAAGCUACUUUCAACAAUAUUCACACACACACAAUGUUAGUUUAUAUAUAUAUUAAAAUUAUUUUUCUGCUAUUUAAAUGUUAAACAAACUCUAUAUUUAAAUACAUUAAUAUAAAUUAUUUAAUUUUUUUGUUAUCUUAUAUCACUUUUAUUUCGAUUGCAUCGCGUUAAUGAUUCAGAAUUGAUGUCAUAGUUAUCGGAUACAUAUGAUAAAAUGAGUACUCCAAGAGAGAAGCAGCAUGUAGUACUUUAUAUCCCGUUUUUCCUGAUUAUAUGACAACUUAAAGUGAAACCAUUUACGUAUAUAUAAUACGUAUGCUACUGAUGUAAUUUAUUGUAUUUCAUGGUUUACAACGCGACUAUGUAGCUCUCAGGAUAGAAAAUACAUAAACAUUCUUAUACAUUACAAAAGAACAAAGAUAUCACGUAAUUAGCAUUAGUUUGGACAAUUACUAUAACAUUUGUUAAAUAUUACAAAGUAUAUUAUAUGAGAGAAGAGCCACAGAUACUUGGCUAGCCGUGUUGUUAUUGCGGUUGAACACUUUUCACAAUCUAACCAAAUUAUUUUAUAAAUUCAUGUUGCACGUGAGAUAAUAAUAAUUAUUAUAAUUAUUAUAUAAUGAUGAAUGAUUAUAUAUUAAGUAUAUAUUUUGUACAAAUAUAUAUUGAUGGUUAAAAAAAUUAAUAAUUUUUCAUAAUGUGCUGAUAUGAGUUAAUAAACAAUGCAUCAAUAAGUGAUUUUUAUAUUAAAUGUUGCUUAUGAUGAAACACAA